UUCUCAGCCACAACUCCACCAAAGACACGGGACAGGACGAGACGGAGGGGACGCUCAGGACGAGGAGGACAGCUGGAGAAACUCCUUCCACAUACCGGAGACAUGGGUCAGACCCUGCCGUACGCAGACAGAGGUUAGACGGAUCAAGAGACGGAUCAAUCGAUCAGAGGAAGGACAAAUGAAGUAAACCUCAGGGAGUGAGAAGACUUGAAACCGGUGAAGGAGCUGAGAUGACGCCAGAGGAACCUGAACUGAUCCAGCUCUGCCAAAAAUAACCUUCAGGGGUUCAUCAUGGGACUGAGCCAAGUCUCCAACGUCACUCCAGACAUCGGUUUGGUGGCGGCGAGCAACACUUCCGGCACCUCAUCCCUCCCUCAGUCGUCCUGCAGCAUUGAUGAAUCCUACAAGUACGUCUUCCUGCCCGUCUGCUACUCCCUGACCUUCCUCUUCAGCCUCACCCUCAACUCAGUGGUGCUGCUGCGCUCUUGCCGCCAUCAGAGCGGCUGCUGCGGAGGCGGUGGUAGCAGUGGCGGUGGGCGACGCUGGAACACCUCGCUGAUCUACAUGGUGAACCUAGCCACCACUGAUCUGAUGUACGGCCUGUCGCUGCCCUUCCUGGUGGCGAGCUACGUGCUGAGGGACCGCUGGGUGUUCGGGGACUUCAUGUGCCGCCUCGUUCGCUUCCUCUUUUACUUCAACCUCUAUUGCUCCAUCUUCUUCCUCACCUGCAUCUCUGUGCACAGGUACCUGGGGAUCUGCCAUCCGAUGAGGACCAUCACCCUUGAGAGCAAGCGGGUGGUGAAGGGCACCUGUGCAUUGGUGUGGGUGGUGGUCUUCAUCCUCACCUGCCCCAUCUUUAGGUUCGCCCAGACAGGAUACCUCACACGAGGAGUUGGCGGCAUUGUGGGACCUGAAGGGGAGAGGGAAGGCGGGAACAGCACUGGACCUCAGGACGAGGGGGGAUACUUGAACUGCUGGGAUGACGCCAUCGAUAAGGAGUUUGCUGACUAUGUCCCGUACGGCAUCGUUCUUCAUCUGCUGGGCUUCUUUGUGCCCUUCGUCAUCAUCGCCUGGUGCUACUCUCAGGUGGUCAGGACGAUAUUUCAGACCCUGCGCUCUCCUCCCAGUUCAAUAGAGGGUGGGGAGGACGGUCCAGUAGGAGACGGGGUGUCAGAAGGAGUUAGAGAGCGGGAGAGAACCUCGGUCUCCAUCUCUGGAUCGCAGUACUCACACUACAUCCGGCGGCGACGGAAAUCCAUUAAAACAAUUGUAACCAUCACAUUGCUGUUUGCGCUCUGCUUCUUGCCCUUUCACGUGACGCGGACUUUGUUCCUGCUCAUGCGGCGGGGACAGCUCGGUGGCUGCGAAGUCAUGAAGACCGUGUCCAUCUGCUACAAGGUCACCCGGCCGCUGGCCUCCUGCAACGCCUGGCUCAAUGCCCUCCUCUACUUCCUGACAGGGGACAAGGGUGCUCCAUGCUGCUGGCCGGCAGAACACACCGUCCGCCGAGACCACCGGAGCGGCUCCCUCUGGUGGCCGCUGAAGAUUCUGAAAAAAGAGGGCAUUGGAGAGGAAGACCAGGAAGCGGCUGAGAAGAUCGAAAGGGUGGUCCACAUGGAAAACGAGUCCAAGUCUUCACGUGUCAUCUUCUAGACAGUGUCAGUGCUGGUUUCUCUAUAAAAGACUUCAAACAGCGUGUGUAGCAGUUAAACAGAGAACUGUUCAGUAGCGCUCGGUAUUGUUUGGAAUUUUCUGAUACUAGUGUUCGAAAAUGCAAUACCUGGGUUUGAAUACUUCUCAAGUUUCCAUCUAAAUUUAGAGCAAAUUUUAAACAAAUUUUCAGAUAAUCAGCAAAAGAAAAUGGAAAUGAAUCCUGGAGCGUGUCUCAAAUCACAUACUUUUGUUAGUACACUUCAGUGUAGUGCAAUAUAUACACUAUGCACUGCUUGCGUGGUGCACUAAUUUCAACAUGGCGGUGUUGUCUGAAAUCACCCACUGCCAUUUUGCUCUAACUGGAAGUGAC